AUGUGCGACGUUUCUCGGAAGAGAUCUGAAUAUAGGAAGUGCGCUUUUCAACACCCUCUCUUGGUGGCCUUCUGGUUCAAAGCCGACGCUGGUUUUGCGGAAUCUUCCUGGAUCGUUCAGGUGGCGCCAGACUGGACUUUCCGCUGGCCUGUAUGGGAACUCACCGUGUUUCCUCUCAAUUGGUGCAGCUUCUUUCCAGGCUGGCAAGUUUUGCUAGGUGUGCCCAGUCCCGUGAUGCGGGGCAGCGAUGUCAAAGUCCCAGCUUUGCCAAAGAGGGAGGUUUCAGCAAGAGCAGUGAAACGAGGAAGUGGCCUUUGA